ACCAAUCCCGCGUGCUCCUUUUCCUCUCUCUCUCUCUCUCUCUCUCUCUCUCUCUCUCAAAAACCUUUUCUUUCUCUCUUCUCCACGGGUCUCAGCAUCGUCUCUGCACGCGUGGAAUGCGAGGGCUGGAGUAGAAGACGAGGAGGAGGAGCAGUGGUUGUAGUGGUGAAGCUCAGAGGAUGAACAGAGAGGCGGAGGAGGAGAGAAGAGGGGGAGGAGAUGGGGAUGUUGUUGGGGAUGGAGUCAUGUACGUGAAGGUGAUGACUGAUGAACAGAUGGAGGUUCUAAGGAAGCAGAUCUCAGCUUAUGCCACCAUUUGUGAGCAGCUUGUUGAGAUGCAUAAGGCCAUGACCGCGCAGCAAGACUCUCUUGCAGGUAUGAAACUAGGAAAUCUCUACUGUGAUCCUCUAAUGACAACUGGCUGCCAUAGAAUUACGGCAAGGCAACGGUGGACUCCAACACCAAUGCAAUUACAAAUUCUCGAGAACAUCUUCGAUCAUGGCAACGGGACUCCAAGCAAACAAAAGAUAAAAGACAUAACUGCCGAACUCUCACAACACGGCCAGAUAUCUGAAACAAAUGUAUAUAACUGGUUUCAGAAUAGGCGAGCUCGUUCAAAGCGAAAACAAACAGCUUCAUUGCCAAACAACAGUGAAUCUGAAGUCGAGGCAGAGGUUGAAUCACCGGAUGAGAAGAAAUCCAAAUCAGAGAGAAUACUUUCUCAUGACAACCUUCAUCAAGUAAUCCCUGCUUCUUCCUUUCAUACAAAAGAGCAAGAUCACAGCAGAACUCAAAACAUCUUUCCAUCAAAUGAUAAUGUGAAACCAUCACCAACUUUCAACCAAAUCCCAUUUUAUGGCGGUUCUCUAUCAAAUCAAAGAAUGGAUCAUUUAAUGGGGAAGGAGUAUCCAGGAAACUUUGGAUUUUUUCAACCAGGAGAAAGAUAUGAUAUGCUACAAUGAGGCUUUGUUUGAAUAUGAAGUUAAUCUGCUGCUUAUCAUUGGUGAACACUGACAAACAAUUAAUAGAUGGACCUGAUGCUGUUUGUGGAAUGUUAACUAAGAGUGAGUUUGUUUCUUGUCAUCAGCUUUUUAAUGUCCUGCUUGAUUUUGAUUUCCACUCACUAUAUGAAUACACAUAACUACUUUCACUGCUUUU